ACACUCUGCCUACUCGCUUCGGCUUAUGCCAAACCGCAGGGCUACAGCUAUCAAAAUCAGAAAAGCAGUUUCCAAAAUCAACAGAACAGCUUUCAAAUCAAACUCCCGGGUAUUAGUAGCAUAUCAGGCGCGCAACAACAACAACAACACAGCAGUUCUGCCGCAGUCGAAACUCCCAGCUUUCUGCAGCAGGCAUUACAAAAUACAAAACUAGCGCAAUCGCUCAUCAGCGCACCGCCCACCACCUACCUUCCACCCGUCACUGUGAGCGCGCCAGCACCUGUGCCUACCGCUGCAACGCCGAAUAACUUUUAUCAAGGCGCCCUUUUGUCGCAGGUAACACAACAACACUCUGGCUUUCAGCCAAGCCUUUUCUUACAACAACCCGCCCACCCAUCUUACGCGCAACAGCAAUAUCAACAAGGCAACUACGCACAAUCACCAUCUCUGGUAACCAAGGACAUUUAUGUGCAUGUAGCACCCGAGGAGCAGGAGGAACGCUACCAGCGCCCGGUAUUGCCGCCACCACCGCCACGCAAGCACUAUCGCAUUGUAUUCAUUAAAGCGCCAUCACAUAAGACCAGCGCUGCAGCCUUGCGUGUGAAUCAAGCGCCAACCGAAGAGAAGACUAUCAUCUAUGUGCUUACGCGUAAACCGGAUCCAAUUGACUUGCAGGCAACCUACCAAGAGGCAGCACCCAAGCAGCCCAGCAAACCGGAAGUAUACUUCAUUAAGUAUCGCACACAAGAAGAAGCGCAACAUGCACAACGCACAAUCCAAG